GCGUCUGUGCUGUAAGAGUUGAGCUCCUAUACGUUAAGAUUACAUCAGAUAUUAAAAUCGAGAAAGUGUCUGAUAAGAACAAGCAGGGCAUCCUGAGAGUCCUCCCGGGUUGCGUGAGUGUUGCGGGAGGGUUGCGCGGUGGUGGGGAGGUGAGAGCUGUCCGGUGCUGAGGAGGGAAGAUGAGCUCAGCGCGCGCUGGGGGGCAGGUAACGUCAGCAGUCGGCCGGAGCAGGGAAAGACGCAUCCCGCGCCCUCUGCUUGGCUUGAAAUGGGAUGAUAUGGGAUUUUUCAUGUCGACGAAGAGCGGAGGGAUUCUUGCUUUUGCCCUGGUGUUUCUGUCCUUGAUGUUGCCAGGAGACUCAGAUGCAGAGGUGAAUUGUGAGAACAUUUACAAGGACUUUUCUGAUUGUGUCCUGGAGCUUGGAGAAAGCAUGGACAAUUAUCAGGAGAACGUGACCAGCGAGAGGGGAGUGGAGGCUGUAUGCAGCCACUGGGAAGCUUUCCACACAUGUGCCCUCACAGCGCUGUCCGACUGCCAGGAGGAAGUCAGCUCCAUCUGGGAAACUCUAAGGCAGGACUCCAUGAAGAUGCGCUUCCAGGGAAGUCUGUUCGACCUGUGCAGUCCCAGCUCCUCGCCCAGCAUAAGUUUUCCUCUUGCUGCCCUCACCCUGCCACUGAUAGUGCUGAUCAUGACUUAGCCCAACUGGUACCCAGUAUAGAUGGGGUGAGGUGAAGGUGAGGAGAUGGGAGGGGUAAGGAGGAGGGCCUCAAAUUCCCUUGGGUUAGUUUCUCUUGAGUUCAAACUCAAAGCCAAGGAUUUAAGAGGGACAAUUGUUUUAAUAAGGAUUAUUUUGACACCGAGCCACAGAGUUCUGUGACAAGCCAAUCAAUAUUUGCUGUGAUGAAAAAUGUAUAAAAUCUCCUUAAGUACUUCAGCUUGAUCCUCCCUUAUGUCUGAAAACUGAUAUUGUAGUUUAGAAAAUUACUAUCAGCCAAUUUAUCCGUCCAGGCAGACUAAGCAUACAUUCUAAGAAUUCAAGGGAUUACAGCAUGUGUGCAGAUCAGAACAGUCUGCAGGUACACACCAGUGGCUCUGGGUUACUAACAUACAAGGAGUGGACACAAUAGGUGCAUCUCAUAACCCUUACAUUGCCUCCUCGACUCCUCCCCUUGUGUCCCCUUCCUCACAUCUUAGUCCCGCCCACCGAGGAGGUACGGAGAGAGACGCAAGGAAAUCUUGGGAGGAGAGAGGAACCAUGGAAAUGUGCUUUUAGAGGGAUGAGACUUCCUUUCCUCUGAAGCGUCACAUGAAUUUGUCAGCUGAACAGGCGGAGUUAGCAUCUCUUUCAGCUGCACGGCUUCCAGUUAGGCUGCUCUUGUGUAUCCUUACUCAUGGCUCCUCGGUGAGCCCUCCUCAAAGCUCGCUCCUCGGGGCAGAAAUGAGAACUUUAACACAGCCUUCACAGAGGAGGGACAUAACAACUCCUGGCUCAGCCAAGGACCGAGGAGUCAGGAAGCUAUCAAAUAAGGGUUAUGAGAUGCAUAACACCUGUUCAUUCAUGAUCAUUAUCAUGUUUAGUUUUGUGGAUUCAACUCUGAGGUAAUUGUGGAGUUAUUUUAAUAAUAUUCUAAGACAGCAAAGUGUUAAUGUGUUUUGUGCCCAUGCCUUGUAACAUGGAUUGUAUGGUUUUGUCCUGAUAGUUAAAGGAAUGGUUCAACAUUUUGGGAAUUGGAGGCUGAGAUCCAUACCACUCUCAUGUCUGUACACUAAAUAUGAAGAUACUGCCGGAAGCCAGUUAGCUUAGCCUUGCACACAGCUCCUAUGGCCAUGAAAUAGUUUGACACAUCAAUUGCGGUAAAACCAGCUUUUGUAUAGAUUAAACAAAUAACAUGUUAUGUAAAAGAUAUGAUAGCUGUUUCCCACCAGUUUUCUUGUCUUUUAGCUAAGCCAAGCUAACUGGCUCCUGGCCGGAGCUUUCUAUUUAGUGUACAGACACAUCGAUUACUCGGCAAGAAAGCAAAUACUGAUAAGCGAAUUUCUGAAUUAGUGGAACUAUUCCUUAAAUUAACCAACACCAACACCAAAACACAGAUUUUAAUCUCUAGGGAGUUUGUAUAAAUGCAGUCAAACCAUUGUGAUGUACUUGGCUGCCACGGUGUAAGAAAACAUUUAAAGGAGCACUUUACCUAAAAAAACAGCAAUAUCUUAGAAAAUUCUUUGCUCUAAAUCAUUGCAAGCAAAACUGUUUGAAUAUGUUGAUAACGUAUUGCUUGGUGAUAGGACCAAACCUAAAGACUGAACCAGACAUAAUCGGACAGGCUUAAUUACACUAGAGCAAGCAACUAAACGACCUUCAGAUGUACUAAAGGUGAAAUGCCCUUUUAAUCUGUUUCCAAGUGUAGUAAAUGUAUGUGCAAGUGACAAUCAAGCCACUUGUUUGUGACACUUUCGACCCUUUUUCCACUUCAGCCCACUGUGGCUGAUGUUGCACAGCUGCUAUAAAGACCCCAAAAACAGACAUCCUAACACGGCAUCACACAUUCACUCUCUCAGAACCUCGCCUCACGCUUUGGUUUAGUCUUAUGUCUGAUCAACUAACCUCUUGAUGUUUGUGUAAAAAGAAAAUCUAAAGUGUGAUUGUUCAGUGUUUCAUUAUUGCCCACUCCACUUUGUGGGAAAAUGCUCACUUGCAAUCAACACAAUAUUAGUAGAACUUUACUUUUUAGUACUCUAAGUACUGCAUAAAUGCAAUUUGUCAUACAGUAUGUAGAUAUACUAUGCAGGGCUGAAUUCUAUUACAGAGAUUUUCAAAGAAGAAGAAUAAUGCAGCCAUGGCGUGUAAUAAAAAUUCACCAAAUAAGCAAUGCCUACUCAUACGCAGUAUUUGUUUACCUUUUAAACACCUAUAAUUAAUCUCUAAUGAAGUUAAAUAAGUUACAGCUAAACAAUAACUUUUUUUAAAAUAAAAUACCCAUACAAUCACUUUUCUAUCAUUAGUAUUUCAAUUGAUGAUCGACUGAUUAAUGCAUUGCAUAAUUAUAUCAAACAAAAUAGAUUCAAAACUGUACUGCUCCAUUAAUCUCUUUCUUUGCUUUUAAUUAAUCUAAUUUUGUGAACCUUCAAGCUUCAAAAGCAGCAAAGAACGACUGUAGUGACAGACAAAAAAUUAUGGGAAACAAUGUGAAAAUAAGCCAUGCAAGAUAUCACUAAUUGUAAUGAUCUUUUAUUCAAUAUGAAAUUAGUAUUUAGGUAAAGUUUCUUUCCCGAGAAGGAAAUAUGUGUUUAAUGUUACAGCAGUGGUCACCUAGAUUCAGAGCAAACUGAAUAGGAAUGAGCGAAAGCAUUAAUUUGUUUUGCCUGUUUGUUUAUUUAAAAUGGUGUCACGAUUUGCAUAUUUCCUUUAAUGCUGAUGGUCCUCAUAGGCAGGCAGUAUCAAAAUAUGGAUGAUUUUCUGAAUAUUUUCCAUCAUCUUUAAUCCCAAAUGCAUGAACGUUUUAUUGACUGUACUUCAGAAUAAUAAUAAUGGAAUUGAUGUUACCUUGGACACUGGUAUUGAUCUGUGCAUGAAGUUAAGUUAUAGCUCCUUAGUGAAUCAGCAUCCUUUUGAUACAGAUUAAUUACCCACCCACCUCCACUUCCACUAGCAUGUUUGCUCUAGUUUCUAUUUUUUCAUGUCUAACGAGUGACCGCAUUAUGUCAUCCAUUGUGUGUCUGGUGGUGAGAAUACAAAAACAGUUGUGCUGUCCUCAAAGCAUGAGCAAUAUGUACGAUCUCUUUUUUUUAAAGAGAGGACUCUUAUCCCUUUGUAUGCUGUUGAAGAAAGCAUGAAAAGGAUUGCUAUCAUAAUCAUUAUGAACCCUAAUGAGAGUUGAAACAUGGAAAGAUCUUCUGAAUGCAAAAACAAGAUCAGUAUCUAUGCUUUGUUUUUAGUUUACGGAUUGAAAAGCACACUAUUUACAAGACUGUAUAAAGCAAUAUAUGGCAAAGUAAUGUGUUUGUAAUAAUAAAGCUCCAUGUUUAAAA